AAUUUUAAUAUCAAGCUAAGAUAUUUGAUCCAUAUUAUAUUAAUCCAUAAAAUAAAUAAAAUAAAAAAUAAAAAUUAGGUCGGCUUGUAUUUGUGCUUUUAGCUGGCAUAACUCAAAACGUAGCCCGAACUUGAAAGCCCGCCCGAUACCCAAAUGGAGGAGCUCAAAAGCGCGUCAACAACGCGCGUGGUCUCGUCGCCUGUAAUUCAGACAAAGGUUCCAUUAAAGCUGUCUGGUAGACCAGUCAUGUAUUCUCUGGCCUUCGUAAACGGAACGAUCUCGGUCUGAAACCCUAAAUAGCCCCCCAAAUCGGAUAGUCCUCGAUCAAAACAGCUUUAAAGCUCCCAAAUUCAAUGUCGGACCCACGCGCUGCCGACGCUGACCCCAAGGACAGCGCCGUCGCUAAAACGGCUGGGAUAGUGGUCUUCUCCGGCAUUGCCUUGAGCAUUCUCAAAGCCAUUAACCCUCUCAAUCGAAACAGAAAUGAAACCCAUCCAUUCAGUGAGCCAACUCAGCCGAUUCAAAUGCCAACCUCCCAGCCUCCUCCCAAACCCGAAGAGCCCAUCUUUAAAAUGAGUUACGAGGCCCCAGAAUCCUCACAGAGAACAGUAAAGAUUGUCAAAGGCGAUACUCUUUGGGGGCUCUCUAGAAAAUCUGGGGUAUCCAUCGAUGCAAUCAAAGAGGCAAAUGGGCUUGAAGGUGAUACCAUUUAUGCUGGAAAGAAGCUCAGAAUUCCAUGAAGAAUUCCUUUGUUUUUAAUGUCCCUUAGAAAUGUAGAAUACCUUAUUUUCGUAGAGUAGUUUUGAAAGGUCUUCACAUGGGUUAUGUAUUUCGAAACUCAAUGGCAGUUGGAGGGAAUAUUAGAUAAGCAUGCCUUAUAAUGUUUUUUGCUUUUUGAAAAAUAUUAAAUCUUCUUAGUUUAGUGAAAAUUACGUCCAUUUA